ACUCAGCAAGAGUGCUGCUCAUACAGAAACUACACAAAGCAAAAAAAAUUUGUGGUAGAGGCUAGAGCAGAUCGAGAAAAUGUAUGUGACAAGACCUCUUUCAAUUUACAGAAGGUUUCCUGACGCCUUCUCCUCCCCUCCACCGGAGGGUCCGAGUUCUGGUAUUCUGGUCAUCCAAGAUGAAGGAUCGGAGCCUACUUGUUGUUUCGGAUUGAGUAAGAGUAGUGAAAUCAAGGACCUUCCUAUUCCUCAGAACAAGAGCCUUGAACAUCGAUACUCAACAGGCUUCUACUAUUCCAAAACUACUCAUUUUCAGAAUAUUGUCUUCAUUCCAGUCCUUAAUCAGCCACUGUCUUCCAAUCUCUACUAUGCGGUACAGCCAUACGGGAAGCAUAAAGGGGAAGCGUACACAGGUUCAAAUGAGGAGGAUGAGACCAGCUGCUGUUUCAGCGGAUACUCCUGCGAUGUACCACCACAACCUUUGGAUCCCACUAACGAAAAUCAGCAAUUUGAGAUCCGUCUAAAAGGGGGAAUCAUCAAUAAUUGGGGUGGUUUUACUGCCAAAUCCAUAGCUCCAGAUGGAUUUCCUCCAUUCAUUUUGGGGAACAAAGGGUGGAAAUUGCGGGCCUCAACAUCCCCUGAUUUCGAGUUGGGCGAAGCACAAGGGCUUGACACUACCCUCCGUGCCCACCUACCAGAAUUCACCUUCCCAUUAUCAAACAGGAGCUCCCAACCUGUGGUAGUGGGAAAAUGGUAUUGUCCUUUCAUGUUUAUUAGGGAAGUAACACCAAAAACAUUGAGGGAUCAAAUGAGUAACUUGAUAUAUUACGAGAUGGCGCUGGAGCAAAAAUGGGAACAAAUAUUUGCAAGUGAGAAUAACGAUAGUCAAGGCAACGCUGUGGUGGUGGAUGCUCUUGUCCAAGGAGAAGUGGUCACGGUUGCUGGAAGGGAAGCUGUUCUUGAUGACAGAAAUGUGGGUGAUAGGUUGGUGUGGUUUAGGAGUUAUGGCAACGCAGGAGAAGAAACUUGUGUGGCGUUAAGUGUAGAAAUAGUUGAGAGAAUGAAGUGGGAGCAGAAAAGGGCAGGGUGGAUUGGGGGAGAUGGAAAGGAAGUGAGGGUAAAGAGAGUAGAGGAGUUUGGUGGGAUAGGUGGGUGGAAGAAAUUUGGUUGUUAUGUUUUGGUUGAGAGGUUUGUAUUGAAGCGACUGGAUGGGACCUUGGUGCUAAGCUAUGAUUUCAAGCAUGCUCAUCAGAUUAGGAGCAAAUGGGAAUGAGAACUAUUGCUGCUUUGUUCACUUAAAUUUGAUUGUAUUAGUGAAAGAAUUGUGAGCAGUAUGUAAAGAACAGGAAGAUGGUGCGAUUCUUCCCCCUCUUUGAUGUAAUUGCUUGUUUGAGAAGAAGAGACAGUGAACUUCAUGUAUCUACAGUUGUUUUGUGACAUUAA